AUGUCCGAGCAGGCGCCACCUUACGCUCCCCUCCCCCUCGCCCUUGCCCCAGAUCCUAGCUCCACCCCAUCACCGAACCCCACCCUUGUCCUCCCCAAUCCCGCCUUCCCCAACAAGCGCAAGCGCACCGGAUUCCGCCGCAAAGUACCCUCCGGGUCCCCCGCCGCCCCCGCCCCCUCUCCCGUGGCUCCCUCCCAGCCACCUCCCCCCGCCUCCGCCGCCGACGAUAUCAUAGUGAUCAACCGGGAGCCGACCGCGGAGGCCGUCACCGCUCUCACCGCUGGCUUCCCAGCGGACUCGCUCACUGACGAGGAGAUCGAGGCGGGCGUUGUCUCCGACGUGGGCGGCAUCGAGCAGGUCAAUUACAUCCUCAUCCGCAACCACCUCCUCUGCCGGUGGCGCGAGACCUACAAUUCCUGGCUUGCCAAGGAGCCCUUCGCGACGCUCAUCCCUCCCCACUGCGAGCACCUCCUCACCGCCGCCUACUCCUUCCUCGUCUCAAAUAGCUACGUCAAUUUCGGCGUCGCCCCAGCCAUCAAGGAGCGAAUACCCAAGGAGCCCACGAGACCCACCACCGUCAUCGUGGUAGGCGCUGGCCUUGCUGGGCUAGCUGCUGCACGGCAGCUGGUGGCGUUCGGGUUCAAAGUGAUCGUCCUGGAAGGUCGCAAAAGGUGCGGUGGCCGUGUGUACACGAAGAAGAUGGAAGGCGGUGGGCGCUCGGCUGCUGCUGACCUUGGCGGCAGCGUGCUUACCGGGACAUUUGGGAACCCGCUAGGAAUUGUGGCGAAGCAACUCGGCUUGCCAAUGCACAAAAUUAGAGACAAGUGUCCACUCUACCGACCGGAUGGAUCACCUGUUGAUCCAGAAGUGGAUAAGAAAGUGGAGAUUACAUUUAACAAGCUUCUUGACAAGUCAAGCAACCUGCGGGCAACCAUGGGGGAGGUGACAGUGGAUGUUUCACUUGGGGCAGCUCUAGAGACAUUGCGCCAGGCUGAUGGGGGCGUCGCUACACAGGAGGAGAUGAACUUGUUCAAUUGGCAUCUGGCAAAUCUUGAGUAUGCCAAUGCAGGAUUGCUGUCUAGACUAAGCCUUGCGUUCUGGGACCAGGAUGAUCCAUAUGACAUGGGUGGGGAUCACUGCUUCUUGCCUGGUGGCAAUGGCAAACUUGUGCAGGCCCUGGCAGAGAAUGUACCAAUUGUUUAUGAGAGGACGGUGCACACUAUAAGGUAUGGAGGGGAUGGGGUGCAGGUGGUUGUCAAUGGAGGGCAGGUGUAUGAAGGGGACAUGGCAUUGUGCACAGUUCCACUUGGGGUUCUGAAAAAUGGAGGCAUCAAGUUUUUACCUGAGUUACCACAGAGGAAGCUUGAUAGUAUCAAGAGGCUUGGCUUCGGAUUGUUGAACAAGGUAUCGAUGCUGUUUCCACAUGUUUUCUGGAGUACUGACCUUGAUACCUUCGGGCAUCUGGUUGAAGAUCCAAGGCGACGUGGGGAGUUCUUUCUGUUCUAUAGCUAUGCAACAGUGGCUGGUGGUCCAUUGUUGAUGGCCUUGGUUGCUGGUGAAGCUGCCCACAAUUUUGAAACCACGCCACCAACUGAUGCUGUCAGCUCAGUUCUCCAGAUACUAAGAGGUAUCUAUGAACCACAAGGGAUUGAGGUGCCGGACCCUCUACAGAGUGUUUGCACUAGAUGGGGCACUGACUCGUUCAGUCUAGGUUCAUACUCUCAUGUUGCUGUGGGAGCCUCUGGAGAUGACUAUGACAUAUUAGCCGAAAGUGUUGGUGAUGGCCGUCUUUUCUUUGCUGGUGAGGCUACCAUGAGGCGUUAUCCAGCAACAAUGCAUGGUGCUUUUAUCAGUGGUUUGCGGGAGGCUGCUAACAUCACAUUGCAUGCCAAUGCCCGGGCGGCAAAGAGUAAAGUAGACAAAAGUCCAUCGACAAACACACAGGCUUGUGCUGCUAUAUUAACGGACUUGUUUAGGCAACCAGAUUUGGAGUUUGGAAGCUUCUCUGUUAUUUUUGGAGGAAAAGCUUCUGAUCCGAAAUCCCCAGCUAUUCUAAAGGUGGAAUUAGGUGCGGCGCGGAAGAAAAAUGCAACUGAAGGGGUAAAGACGGAACAGAACCACUCAAACAAAUUGUUGUUUCAGCAGCUCGAGUCACACUUUAACCAGCAACAACAGCUUUAUGUUUACACAUUGCUAUCACGACAGCAAGCUAUGGAGUUAAGGGAGGUCAGAGGAGGCGAUGACAUGAGGUUGCACUACCUCUGUGAAAAACUGGGGGUGAAAUUAGUUGGCAGGAAAGGCCUUGGUCCUGGGGCAGAUGCUGUGAUUGCAUCCAUUAAGGCAGAACGUAACAGAAGUCGAACUAGACCUGGCCCCUCGAAGCUGAAAAAAUCUCUGAAGCCUAAUGUUGCUGCAUCAUGA